GGGGACCAUUGCCACAAUUAUUCUAUAUUAUUACUUGUGAUAAUAAGGCCUCAUUCUUGGACCUCUGUUUGUGGGUGUUCUGUUCUUUCCUGUUUUUUCAAACUAAGAUUGCACUUUUGCUAUUUCUCUUUCUUCACUGUCUUUUCUGUCAGCAAGAGCUUGAAUAAACACCCCCAUAAGGCCAUAACUCCACUGAUCUUCUCUGCGCCCAAUUUGGAAUGUUAAGCCCCCAACUUUAUAAACCUUCUUCACCCAUCACAUAUCACAUGCUCUCAAUGCAAUUAUAAUGGUCCAUUCCAAUUCCCAUACCAAUUCCAACUCAGGCACCACUUUCUAGUUUCUAGCUUCCACCUCUUGUCAUUACUUCUGCUGUCUCAAGGCUACUAGUAGCCAAAGGAGAGGGAAAAGUUUGCAACUUUCUCACACACCACAAAUCUUUAUGGCAUUAGUGCCUCAAAAUGCUUGUCCUGUAUUGGCCACACCUAAAGCCUCAAACUUUAACCUACCCACUUUGAUUUUCUGUCACUUCCAUUGAUAUUACAACAACUAUUUUGCUUCUUUGGUAUUUGGAAUCUUGAGCUUCUUUUCCAUGAACGAAGCUCAAGUCCAAAUAACCAUUCCUCACUUGUUCAGAUGCCCAAUCAGCCUAGACUUGUUCGAAGAUCCAGUGACUUUAUGCACAGGCCACACCUAUGACAGAUCAAGCAUAGAGAAAUGGCUCUCUGCAGGUAACCUCACAUGCCCUGUAACAAUGCAGAAGCUUCAUGAUCCUUCCAUUGUUCCCAAUCACACCCUACGCCAUUUAAUCGAUCAGUGGCUUCAACUGGGUCUCCAAUUUGACCCUGGUAACUCUGCUUCUAUAGAUUACUUAGCUUCACUCAAGCACAACCUUGAAUCACCAGAAGCCACUUUACAAAGCAAGCUCCAAGCACUUGAGAAAAUUAGAGUCCUCUCUGAUGAGUAUUGCUCCUUCAAAAAAACUUGCUUUCACCAACUGGGGUUCUUGCCUUUACUUCUAGAACUAGUUUUUGGAAAAGAAGAUGCUACUUCUUCACCCUCAAAAAAUCACAUGGAAUUUGCAGAGGUAGCACUAUCUUGCAUUGUAAAAUUGUUGCCACUUGUUAGCUUAGAGCCUCUGAACAUGAUCAAAGAUGAGUCCAAAUUAGCAACGUUCCUGCAACUACUUGAAAAGGGAACUAGCUCAAUCAAGACUAGUUUGUGUCAAGUUAUAGAAUCCACAGCGGCAAUAUCACAAACAGAUGGGGUGCAUCACAUACUUGGAAACUCCCACAAACUAGUACAAGAGAUUGUUCUACUAAUUCGCCAAAACUGCGAUGAGGUUUCGGUUUCGGUUUCGGUUUCGAAUGCAGCAAUCAGAGCUAUGUCAGCGUUAUGCUCCAUGGUUUCUAACAGAGAAAAUUUGGUGAAAGCAGGAGCAAUAGAAGCAAUCAUAGCAUACAUUUCAGAACCAAGAGAGAAGAACUUGGCUCCACUUGCCAUGGUGGCGAUGAAGAAGCUUGUGGUGCUUGAGAGUGGCAAAGAAGCGUUGGUGAAUCACCCCAGAGGGAUUGAAACUCUGGUGAAGAUGGUUUUCAGAGUGUGUAAUCAAGAGUGCAGUGAGAUUGCUGUUGGGGUGCUUUUGAUUGUUUGUUGUGAUUCUGGGCGUGCCAGAGAAGAAGCCAUUGAAGGUGGGGUUUUGACUCAGUUGCUGUUUCUUCUGCAGAGUCAGUGCUGCAUCAAAACCAAAGCCAAGGCCAGAAUGCUGCUCAAGUUGCUUAGAUCCAAGUGGAUUGAAGAACCAAGAAAACAGGUGUAGAUUGUGAAAUGUGAUUAUGUGAAUUGCCUUUCGAACGCCGACUCUUGUACAAUUGAUUCUGAAGUCAAAAUCAAUUGAGACGGGUGUUGUGAGUAGCUUCUGAGUUUCAUAAUCGAUUUUAUUGAAAGAGAAGCCGAUACGAAUAUGUUAAUAUGUGAAUGUGAUCAUUAAGUAUAAAACUAAGUAUUUGAUUGAUCUCA